AUGCAGGCGCUUCGCCCUGUCCUGCUUCGUCGAGCAACGCGCACAUUUCCCACGAAGGGCAUCGCUCGGCCCUCUCGCACUGGCUGCUGGCUCAGUGGCCGGCGAGCCCAGCACGACCACCAUGGCCCUCACAAAGAGUACUUCCAGACGCCCGGCCAGAUGCCCGUCCCGGACUCGACGCCCUACACGCCCGGUCAACCUUACACACCGCGGAUCCAGACGGUGACGACGCCCGAGUCGAGGGCUGGGGGCAUCUCGCUCUUGACGAGCUUCAGCCGGUCCGUCUUCUGGGCGGUCCUCUUCGCAUCCUUGGGCGUCACGGCCGGCACGGCCUUGAUCACAUGGGAGUACCUCCAGCCGCCCUUCGAGCCCGGGUCGCCUGCAGAACAAGAACUCUACGACGAAAUCCUCGACGCGAUGGAACUCCACCCCUUGGUCGAUUCGCUGCGGCAGGCCAAUUGGAUAGAAGAUAAUUACUACGCUGCGGCUCACGGUGGCAGUCUUGGAGGCGGCGGCGGAUUCCAGAACAGAGGGUUACACCUCGUGGCCGAGACACUCCAGGGGACGCAAGGUGUGAGCAUGAAGACAUUCAAGCACCCGACUCAGGAAUUCACCAUCAUGGUCUGCUUUCUGGGUUUCGGCGUCGAGGGUUGGCCGGACACAAUUCAUGGCGGGAUGAUUCUGACGAUGAUCGAGGAGGGCAUUCAACGACAGAUCCACAACUUCUACGACAAUUAUGGGAGUCAGAAACAGCAGAGCAUCUCCAUUGAUUUCAAGAGACCGAUGCGGCCUGGUGAAAUAUACGCCGUGGUCGUCCCUCCCGCCCAGUUGGAACCAGAUUCGGAGACAAUGAAUCUCCAGCUGAUGCCCAUGGUCGUGAGGAUCGAGGCUCCCCCUAGGAUCACGCCUGAGUUGCUCACCAUCGAGUUGCCGUCAAUUGAUGAAUUGCAUGCAGUGGCGAAUGUCCAGGUCCGACUCGUGCCAAACAAGAAUGAAGAGGGGUCAGCGGAGCUCGAGGGGGUUGCCGCCUCGAAAAAUACUGACUGA